AUACCUUUCUGUAAUAAUAAGAAAAAACAACUCGGAACACCAAGACAUCUUGCUCCUAUGCCGUCGCAUCUGCUGGUUUUAUCUUUGCUCGUAGCACUGCUUGUAGUUGUCUCGUGUGGUCCUGGAUCCGAUCAUGGAUGGGGCUACGACGAGAAUAAUGGGCCAGACACGUGGCAGGGAAAAUGCCAAAAUCAUUUGAAGCAGUCACCAAUUGAUAUUCGUGCACCCGAUGUUGAUUAUGCCCUAUUGCAUCGCAUGCACUUCCUGAAUUAUGAUAUGGAUGGGAAAAUCGAGUUAAGCAACACAGGAAGAACAUUGUUUGCCGGAGGAUUCGAGAGUUGGCAGCACAAGCAACCAAUGAUCCAAGGCGGUGGAUUAAAGCACAGAUAUAAGUUGGCACAGUUCCAUUUGCAUUGGGGACAAAACGACGCUGUCGGAUCAGAACAUGCUAUGGGAUCCUUGCAUUAUCCAGCUGAGCUACACUUGGUUCAUGUUCGCGAAGGUUUAACUCUAAAAGAAGCACUUUCCCGACCUGAUGGCCUGGCUGUAGUUGGUGUAUUCCUUGCAAAAACCAAUGAUCCAGUUGCCAACAAAUUUUCCCCAAUUUCCGAAAGACUUCACGAUCUGAGACACUCUGGCAAUAAAACAGAGUUAAAGAACUUCCGUACCAAAUAUGUCUUGCCACUAGACACGGAAGCGUUCUAUCGCUAUGAAGGAAGUCUCACGACCCCAGACUGCAGUGAAGCUGUUAUCUGGACAGUGCUUGCCGAGCCAAUGGCGAUCUCCAGUCACCAGCUUCACCUCCUUCGUCAAUUGCACAACAAGGAGCUAGUAAAGUCGGAUAAAAAUUACCGCCCCCUUCAGCCUCUGAACGGCCGUCGCAUCCAGUACAGACCAAGCAAACUUGACCGAGCCAUGAUCUGCUCUUCUUUUGCCACAACUUCGGUUAUUAUCACUUAUGUCGCAAUUUUGUCAGCAAUGCUUAUUUAGAAAUGAUCUCUCAGGUUGUACAUUUUCUAUCCUCUUUUUUUUACUAUUGUUUCUCAACUAAUUUACAGCAAUUGUAAAAGUAAUAAAAAGUUUAUGUGACC